AUGGAUCUCGCGUACGAUCACAUCCAGGGGGAGAUCUACACCACCAACGACUCCUCGAAGAAGGAAGGCGACCAAGACGACAAUAACACCUCCGAGAACCAACGACCGAACGUCGACCUUAACACCGAGCUGCAAGAGACAUUCCGCGCCUUCUCUGCUAGUCCAUGGGGUGUCCGCAUUGGUGGACUGUGGGAUAAUGUUCGCAAACAAGGAGAGACUUAUUAUGAAGGUGCCCGACAGGAAUAUGCGGCCGCAAGCGAGGAGGCUGUCAAAGGAUUCUCGGACCUGAGGGAGACUAUCGUCGGGCGCACACGGGGUCUGUCUAUUAGUACAGGUCUUGCGGGUGGGAGCACGGAGAAUGAGAAGGACGAGAAGGAUGAGCCGUCUACGCCUACAGCUCCCAAGGCAGAGGGUUCUCGGGAUGUGGCGGGUGAAGGCAGUUCGAAUGAGGGCUUCCUCUCCCGCUUCAAGGCCGAAGCCGCUAAGCGACUUAGGGAGAUUGAAAAGGCGGAGGAAGCUGCAGAUGAAGCUAUCUUGCGAUUUGGCAUGAACAUUGGUCAGAAAUUGAAGGAGGCUGUGAGCAUUGUUCCUCCAGACACGGAGUCGUCGGACAAGCUCUUGUUUGAGAGCAAAGAUGCCGAGGGCAAGAGGGUCAUCCACGCCACGCGCUUUGAAGCUCAGCUGCAUGUCAUCCACUCGAACCUGGAGAGCUUCAACAAGGACCCUGUCAGUGACCAGUGGCCUGCGUUCAAGGAAAAGUUCAACGUCGACAGCAAGACUAGUGAAAUCGCCGCCGACCUUGAAAAGUACCCUGAACUUCGGUCUGCGAUGGAGAAGCUUGUGCCAGAGACUGUUGAGUACACCGAUUUCUGGCGCCGCUACUACUUCCUCCGUCUCGUCAUUGAGACGGAAGAACAGAAGCGCAAGGAGCUCCUUAAGGGUGCCAACGCGGAAGAAGAGGAAGAAGUCGCCUGGGAUGACGACUCUGACGAGGAAUCCACUUCCCCCUCCACCCCUCAAGUCAAGUCCAACAAAGCAGACACCACCAAGAAUGCUGCCGCCGAUAACACUACCCCGAAGCCCAAUGAGCCACGUCGCUCUAAUGACCAGCAAUCCCAGGCCGACAGUGAGUCUAGCUACGACCUUGUCAGCGGCACUACCAGCCGGGCACCCGGUAGUCCCAAGGAAAAGAGCCCUGUCCCCGCCGCAAAGGCCGAGGAAAGCGAUGAGGAGGAUUGGGAGUAG